AAUUAUGAAAAACACCUCGGCGGUGAUGGAUUCAUCUGACAUUCAGAGGACAAGCAUAGCUGUCAUUGGUGGUGGCUUGGUUGGAUCCUUAAAUGCGUGCUUCCUCGCCAAGAGGAAUUUCCAAGUUGAUGUAUAUGAAUCCAGGGAAGAUAUCCGAAUGGCUGAAUUUGCACGUGGAAGAAGCAUUAAUUUGGCCCUUUCUUAUAGAGGAAGACAAGCCUUGAAAGCCAUUGGUCUGGAAGAUCAGAUUGUAUCCCAAGGUAUCCCCAUGAGAGCAAGAAUGAUCCACUCUCUUUCAGGAAAAAAGUCCGCAAUUCCCUAUGGGACAAAGUCACAGUAUAUUCUUUCUAUAAGCAGAGAAAAUCUAAACAAGGAUCUAUUGACCGCUGUUGAGAAAUAUCCCAACGCAAAGGUGCACUUUGGCCACCAGCUGUUGAAGUGUCGCCCUGAGACAGGAGUGAUCACCUUGCUUGGACCUGACAAAGUUCCCAAAGAUAUCGCCUGUGACCUCAUCUUGGGAUGUGAUGGUGCCUAUUCGACUGUCAGAACUCAUCUCGUGAAGAAGCCUCGCUUUGAUUACAGUCAGCAGUACAUUCCUCACGGCUACAUGGAGUUGACUAUCCCACCUCAGAACGGCGACUUUGCCAUGGAACCUAAUUAUCUGCAUAUUUGGCCUAGAGAUACCUUUAUGAUGAUUGCACUUCCUAACAUGAACAAAUCUUUCACGUGUACUUUGUUCAUGCCCUUUGAAGAGUUUGAAAAAUUGCUCACGAGUCGUGAUGUGCUGGAUUUCUUCCAGAAGUACUUUCCGGAUUCUCUUCAUCUAAUUGGAAAAGAAGCCCUGGCCCAAGACUUCUUUCGGUUGCCCGCCCAGCCCAUGAUCUCCGUUAAGUGCUCUUCUUUUCACUUCAAUUCACACUGUGUGCUGAUGGGAGAUGCCGCCCAUGCCCUCGUGCCCUUUUUUGGACAAGGAAUGAAUGCGGGCUUUGAAGACUGCUUGGUAUUUGAUGAAUUAAUGGAUAAAUUCAAUAAUGACUUUAGUAUGUGUCUUCCUGAAUUCUCCAAAUUUAGAAUUCCAGAUGACCACGCAAUUUCAGACCUGUCCAUGUACAAUUACAUAGAGAUGCGAUCACAUGUCAACUCAAGGUGGUUCAUCUUCCAAAAGAACAUAGAGAGGUGUCUUCAUACUCUUAUGCCGUCUACCUUCAUCCCUCUCUAUACCAUGGUUACCUUUUCCAGAAUAAGAUACCAUGAGGCCAUGCUGCGUUGGCAAUGGCAAAAAAAGGUGAUAAACACAGCACUCUUUUUCUUCGGAACACUGGUUGCCCUCAGCACCACCUACCUCCUUACCGGCCCCACGUUUCGGAGCUCCCUGGGCUGCUUGAGAAGAUCAUGGAACUCGGUCACUUACUUCCAAAAUAUAGGACGCAUCUCCCUGUAAACUCCCUGGAGUCACUAGAGCAAAUUUCCAAUGUCAUUAGCAGGUGAUAUAAAGAUCCUGAAGUAGAAAAUAUUUGAUUUCUCAGUGACCAAAACAGGAUCAAAAUCAUGUGUCCAUCAUCGCAUUUAAUUCACUAGUGGAAGAUACUUAUAAGCUCAUCAUUAAAUUCAAUGUAGAAGUUC